UCGAGUUUCAAAAUGGUGUCUCGGCCUGUUGAAAAAGAUUUAGACAAAAUCUUGAAGCUGGCGGGUCUGGAUGGAACGGACGGCGACUCUGAAGGUGACACAAAAAUUGUUGUCGUCGGAAACAAGGGAUCGGGCAAGACCAGCUUCAUCGAGUGCUUUGUGACAGAAGAGUGCAUCUAUCCAGAACUAAACCAGCCUCGGCAAUGGCGAAAAUCUGUUGGCUUUGGAGGCGAUAGGAAACUUAUUGAUUUCGUGCUAAGGGAACUUCCAGCUUCCGAUGAUCUUGCUCACAUCCGAGCUCGGGCGUACCGAAACUCUCGGGCGGUAGUUAUUUGUUACUCGAUAGCGGACCGUGAGAGUUGGGAGGCUAUUCCGAAAUGGCACGAAGAAGUGAAGCAAUUUCUGCCGGAUGCGAAAGUGUUCGUGGUUGGCAACAAAAUGGAACAGAGGAAAAAUGAGACCCCCGUAUCUCGAAAGGAAGGGAAAGACAUGGCCAGAUCGAUUGGAGCUGAUAAGUACUAUGAAAUCUCGGCCUACACCGGUAAAUAUGUUCCUGACGUAGUGCUCAGCAUCGAAGAGAGACUGAAACCUUCGAAAUGACAGGCCUGAAAAGGAAUCUACUUUCAGGUUCACUCAAAAUCGACAAAAUUUCAUGGUUGGAAAAAUUCUAUGGACUUGCUGAUUUUAAAUAUAUUUGAAGAUUUUUUUUAAAUAAAUCUACUCUUGUUCUUGUUAAAAUGCCGUAACUUUUCUGGAAGUUCUGAACAUUUAAGAGGAGGAAUCAAUUCAUACCCUCACAAGUGGUGACCUUUACAUUAAUACUGUUCAGCUUCGACAGUGGGAAUGAAUUUUAAACGACAGAAGUAGCCCGUACCUUGGAAAAGUCUGCCCAUCCCUGCUCUAAGGUUGUCUCUUGAUUUUGUCAAAGGUUGGUGAACAUCUGUAGGUUCUUC